AUUCCAUAAAGGUUGACUAGCUUUACUCCUUAGUAGGCGAGUGUGUGGCCAUGCUAUUCAUGAUUGGUUAAUCAGAUGGUUGAGAACUGCCACAUGCGUACGCAGCGUCCCAGGAACCAGGUUCAGAGCACAAUGCAACUCACGAUUAAAGUAAUAAAAAAGCCGAUUCGAAGCACGCAAUUGUUCCAAUCGAGGGGCUGAUACCAUUGUAUUCUUAAAAACUUGUGUAUAAUAGGUAAUCUUUAGACCGAGAGGGGCCAAUAUUGACGUACCUAUAAGCAGCUAUAGGUACCUAAUCUAUGAAGAGAGUCAAAAGCUACGAAUUUCUACUUAAUAUCUGGCAACUUAUCGCAUAGUAUGUCUUCAGACGAUAUAGCAACGUGUGAUCCUACCGAUGCAUCACCGCCCAGCGAAGAAGUUGAUGUAAGCCCACCAAAAUACUCUUGGUAUCAUGGAGUCUUUUUCAACGCAACAGUUGUUGGCAUUUCGGCAUUUGUGACGGCAGGAUUAUGGAAUGCGAUGAACUCGGUUGGUGCUGGGGGGCAGCAGACCCCGUAUCUCGUCAUGGCGGGAAAUGCUAUUCUAUUCGCCGUCAUGACGCUGACGUGCCUGACUGGAAGUAUGAUGGCCAACCGAUUCGGCUUGCGGAACUCUUUAGUAGUCGGCACAGUUGGUUAUGUGAUCUACUCGGCAGCUCUGUACACGAAUAAUCGCUACGGUACGGAAUGGUUCAUAUACAUAGGCUCGGCAGUCUGCGGCCUCUCAGCAGGGAUUUUCUGGGCAACAGAAGGCACCAUUAUGCUGAGCUAUCCCGAGCCAGAAAAACGUGGCAGGUACCUGGCUUAUUGGCUCAGUUAUCGCAACAGCGGCUCUAUACUCGGUGGUAUUAUUAACCUUGCCUUCAACUACCAAGGAAAGACGACGGGCAAACUUGACUGGAUAACCUAUAUCGUCUUUGUUGCUCUACAAUGCUUGGGGCCGGUGUGUUCCCUAUUAUUGACCCCGCCCGAAAAGGUCGUCCGCAGAAAUGGAUCGCGUGUCCACCUGUUAGAUAGGAUAUCAGACCUUGAAGAGCUAAAGGCCCUGACACGUGUUCUGCUACGAAGAGACUUUCUCUUAAUUAUGCCUUACUUUGUAUACGUCACAUGGGAGCUCCCAUAUAUUAGUGCCUACUUAUCCCUAUAUUUCUCAGUCCGUUCUCGCGCUUUGGCUUCUCUUGUGUCCGCGAUCGCCCAAGUUAUCACAACCCUCGUAUUCGGUGCUUUCUUGGAUUGGACGAGAGUCAGUCUAAAUAAGAGAGCUAGAUAUGGGUAUAUAGCCAUGAUGAUUCUCAUUAGUGGUUGCUGGAUUUGGGGGGUCAUCAUACAAAACGAAUAUACGCACCAUAAACCAGCCUUGGACUGGAACGAUGGUGGAUUUGGGAGAGGAUGGGCAUUAUAUAUUUUCUGGCAAAUCAACUUCUCACUCACGUAUAACUUUGGCUUCUGGAUUAUCAGCUUCCUAGCCAGGGAACCCAAAGAUAUUGUCAGAUAUAUGUCGGUUGCAAGAGCUACAGAGUCAGCUGGACAAUGCAUCUCGAGCGGCAUUAGCUCAACUUCAGCACCACUAAUAUCAGCUUUGGGGGUUAGUUUUGCCCUAUGGGGUAUUGCUGUCAUCCCGACAUACUUCGUAGUGCGCCAAGUGGGAGUAAUUCAUAUUGGCCCUGAAAAAUCAACCUCAGAUUCUCACGAAAACGACAAGAGAUUAGAAAUGUCAUAGUGCUAAUUACCUAUCUUUGAUACUAACUUUUGCUUCGUCUAAAAUCUACUUAAUCAAUUGGUACCCCUAAAUACGCUAAAGACAGGACUAUCAAGGAACAAAUGGGCUAGGGGUAGAUUCAGGGGUAGAUUCAGGGGUAGAUCUACUAGGAUUAGUUAUUAAAAGGCGCACAGCGCCCUCGAAAUAGAGUAGAAAUUCAGUGAUCAUGAAAUAGAG